CCAGCCCUCGCACUCUACAGAACUAUUUCCUCAAGUCUACGCCUAGGUGUAGCUUCUGGACCGACCAACAAAUCUUGCACUUGUCAGAAAUAGCAUUCUUUCGUCGUUGUGGUUGUGAUCGCUGUGCUGAAUCGUGGCGUGAGUACCUAGUAAUGUACACUUUGCCUGACGGAAGGAGCCUGGUGCAUCACUUUCUCUUCGUCUUCUGCGCACGUUGAUUGGUUUUAUAUUGUGCUUCAAAUGACUGCACUGCCUUGACCAAGUCUGGGCUAUUGGAGGUUCCUCAAGAACGACUGAUACUCUGACAGAAAUUGUGGAAAACACAUUUUACGACACCUCUGUGCUGCCAUGGAUCACAAGUUGCUGGCUUCAUGUCUUUCUAGUGUUCAGAUGAUGUGGACAGGAGGUUUGUGCGCUGCAGAUCCGAGGAUGGACCGCUCCGUUGAGGAUCUGGCGAACACGCAUCGUUGUGGAUAGAUCCACAUUGUCUCUCCAACGCGCCUGCAGAAAGAACGUCGCCACUUUUGAGGCAUGAACGUUGCGAAAGUAUCACACCUCUGAAUUUGUGAUUCUUUUCCAGGGCGAGGAGAUAUUUUUGAAUGCUGCAUGCACAGGUUCGCCACUGGCCCGUGCCUGGUCAACCUAGUAGGCUACACCUGGCGACAUGAUUCGAAUUUUGUUGUUUUAAACCGCAAAGAGAAGAUAAGUGAAUCGGCAUUGGAGACGGGCAAUUGUAUUUUAAAAAGAAAGCUGUGCUCUUAUAUCUUACAAAGCUGGCAAAUGAACAUGAUAACGUUAAUAUAUACCUUUUGAAAUUAGCGGUCAGCGUGGUGUACACCUUUUGCGAUGUAGUGUGUCUCUUCGUUUUUGCUCUUAUUAUUCUAAUCGAACAGGACACUAUGAAGAUGAUACUCUUUCGUAAAUUUCGAGUUUUGAUCCUCAUGGUGUUCCUCAUAGCAUGCUCGAUGCAUAUUAUGAUAGACUUAUUACCCAAACUGGAGCGGCGGAGCAGCGCCGCCUGUUCCUGCCCUCACCGACCGAGCGAGGAGCCUCAGAACUGGGGCAAACAUCGACCCAGGUCGGGACCAGAUUCGGGCUGGCCUAACAAGCAUACUUUGCGAAUACUUCAAGACUUCAGCAACGAGCCGAGCUCCAAUCUGUCCUCUCAUUCACUGGAAAAAAUAACAGCCGCGGGAGACAAAACAGAGGCUCUCAAAAGACUCGAACAUUUCGCACAAAACAGCGAAGGCAAGAAACAAUUUAUCGGGGACGCAAACAGAAGCAAGAAUGUACCUGUCAAAGGUUCUCGACUUGCAGCGUUAUAUGAACACCAUCUCUACAGAAGACCUUUGCCGACACUGACAGACGAAGACACGUUAUUCAACGUCAACACGGACAUACGAUUUGACCCGAAAGCUGCUGAAAACCAAGAAUGGCACACUCAAGGCAAGGAGGGUGAAUACACUCAAAAUGGAGAGCUGUCAGCAGAUGCCUAUCCAAACUGGCUGCGCUUCCACAUUGGAAUAAACCGAUACGAGCUCUACUCCCGCCACAACCCGGUCAUCGAUGCCAUGCUCAAGGACCUUGUGUCUCAAAGAAUCACCAGCGUGGCCAUGAAGUCCGGAGGCACGCAGCUGAAGCUCAUCAUGACAUUCCAGAACUACGGCCAGGCUCUGUUCAAGCCCAUGAAGCAAACGCGCGAGCAGGAAACCCCUCCGGACUUCUUCUACUUCUCCGACUUUGAGAGGCACAACGCUGAGAUCGCCGCCUACCAUCUGGACAGAAUCUUAGAUUUCCGGAGAGUUCCUCCGGUGGCCGGGAGGUUGGUGAACAUGACAAAGGAGAUCAGGGACGUGACCCGAGACAAGAAGCUCUGGAGGACCUUCUUCAUAUCCCCAGCCAACAACGUGUGUUUCUACGGCGAGUGCUCGUACUACUGCUCCACGGAGCACGCUCUGUGCGGGAAGCCGGACCAGAUCGAGGGCUCGCUGGCUGCCUUCCUGCCGGACCUGGCCCUGGCCAAGCGCAAGACCUGGAGGAACCCCUGGAGACGCUCCUACCACAAGCGCAAGAAAGCAGAGUGGGAAGUGGAUCCAGACUACUGUGAGGAGGUCAAGCAGACUCCCCCGUACGACAGCGGAACUCGCCUGCUGGACAUCAUAGACAUGACCAUCUUUGACUUCCUCAUGGGGAAUAUGGACCGACACCACUACGAGACCUUUGAGAAGUUUGGGAACGAGACCUUCAUCAUCCACCUGGAUAAUGGGCGAGGGUUUGGGAAACAUUCUCACGACGAGGUCUCAAUCCUGGUGCCUUUGAGCCAGUGUUGCAGGGUGAAGAAGUCCACCCACCUGCGCCUGCAGCUGCUGGCCAAGGAGGAGCACAAGCUGAGCACGCUGAUGGAGGAGUCGCUGCGGCAGGACCGGCUGGAGCCCGUGCUCAUCCGCCCGCACCUGGACGCCAUGGACCGCCGCCUGCGCCUGGUCCUGCAGGUGCUCUCCGACUGCGUGGAGAAGGAGGGCUACGCCAACGUGGUGGAGGACGACCUGAGCGAGCCCCAGCAGACCGCAGCCGCGGGGGCCGCCGCCGCCCCCCUGGCCCCCGCUACCCACCGGAGGUAGUAGAGCACCUGGGGGGGGCGACUGACCGACCGACUGACCGACACGACACGGGGGCCCCGGUCAGACAAGACGUCCACAAACAUUUGGUGCGGAACAGCUUCUGCGUGGAGGUGGUUCUCUAUGUCCCCCCCCCCCCUCCUCCCCUCCGAGGAGCUGGAGCGGUCGCGAGGCGGGCUGGGCGUCUGUUUGUUUAUGGACCAGCGAGAGCAAAGACGCUUCUGUGUUCUCGAGUGAACCUUGUUUAUUCACAUUUGCUUUGAAUUCAGUGAAUUCCAUAAGACUUGGUUAUGCAUUCCUCAAACUGCCUGUGUUUGUUUGUGUGUGUGUGUGUACAUGGUCACACACACAUACAUACACACACAAACACUCACACACACACACACACACCGUGGCAGUUGCGAGAAGCGAAAAGGGAAUAUUUUGGAUGGAGUCGUCAAUAUUUCCCGGAGAUUCGUUGUCUUCACACUUGACAACAUGUGGAGAGAGCAAGAGACUUCUUCUCUGUUGUUGAUUUUUUGUUGUUGUUGUUGUUGUCAUUGUGGUUGUUUUUCUAAUUUAAAAGAGCUUUGAUUGGAGCGCAGGUCUGCUCCCAGAUGUCCAUGUACAUGUGCACCAAAUAUUCCUUACUCUAAAAUGUAUUUAUUGAGUGUCAUAUUUAUUAUUUCAGAGAAAGAAAAAAAAAAGAUUGACACUUCUUAUUUCCACAAAGCCUGAUCAAUAGAAUGGAUUUUGUUUGUUCAACAAAUCAAUGGAACAGAACAGCUAUCCACGUGCAGUCCCUGCAGGUAGAGGCUCAGCUGCCCGCGUGGAAUCUGCGGUCCAACACUAACUGAAUUUGAACGCUUUCUUGUAAUUACUCUUAUCAAAUGACAACGCAUUAUCCAAAUAUACACCCCAAAGCUUGCAGGUCAAUGUGAGAACUCAUUUAGGUGGAUACAUCUCUUUUGGCAUUGCACCUAUGGACAUGAUUGGUUUCAUUGUUUUCAUAUCAGUUGAAGAGCACCAAAAGCUUUUGUGUUGUUUGAGAGGGUUGUCAAUACAGUGACAACUGUAUCAGGUUUAGAGAUGUAUGUUUGUGAAAUGUCAUUUGCUCACUUCGGAACAAUUUAAUCCUAAAUGAUUUUACAGGGUAAAUGAGUUGCAUUCCAUUUGUACCAUGGCUUUCACAUGGUAAUUCAGGCCGACAACAGAAACAUCUCAGAAGUAAUAUUUUGGUCACAGGAAACAGUGUUAUUGUACUCUGAAAUUGGAUGUGAUAAAAUGGAUAAAUUAGCGUUGUGACUUUGCUGCAGCCAUUUUUUAUUUUUUUUAUUACACUGUCUGUAUCUGGCGUAACCACAGGAGGUUAAGAGGCAAAUUUUCAAUAGGACUUGAGAGACUCUAUUAGAAGGACAAACACGCUUUGAUGUUAUUCCAAAAGAGAUUAUGUUUUUGAUCAUGUGCCUCUGUACAACAUCUGUAGUCAUAAUGAAGACUUCAUAAACACUACAGUCUAAUCUCAAAAGACAGCUUCACAGCCAUAAACCUUCCUUUGUCACAUGGAAACUUUUGCUUUAAGUUGAUUUAAAAAAAAAAAGAAAAGAAAAGAAAAACAGGUCAGGAGAAUGAAUCACUACAUACACAGAGAAGUAUGACAUUGUCAGUUUCUGCUAUAGUUACCACAGCUUUCUUUGCUUCAGACCAAAACAUGUGCUAUGAUGGACCAUAAGCCUGUAUUCCAGACCACAGAAUAACAUGCUGUUCACAUGCAGUUAAUUUCAUUAUUGUGGAGUUUUGGUUAAAAAAUAGAAUUUAAACCACAAAAGAUUUGUUGAAGGUCAUAUUUUUCAGACACAUCUUGUCAGUUUGUGCAGCUUAAACGGAACACUUAUCAUGCUCAUAAUCAACAGCUACUUUGAACUGUCUUACCUUUUUAAAAAUGCCUUUGUUGUGGCGUAUUUGCACACAAGACGCUCAUUCCAAGAGAAUACAGUCUUAAGUCCACUCAUGCAAAUCUGGUGAUCAUAGCUUUUAUACUCAUUCAGAAUCGUAUUAUGUUGGUUGUGCACUCACUCAAGUCCGUUCUGCAAGGUCCACUACACCGCUAUGGACACUGCUUCUUUAUCAUAUACCAUACGCUUUUUCCAUUACCAAAUGUAAUUCAUUUGCAGUAUAAAAUCCAAUCGUUGACUUAAAAAAAGAUCUUUUUAUAAGUUGUUUCUAAAGAUAACUAUGGUGUACAGAUAUUCAUAAUGAUAUCCGGUACUGAUAUCAUAUUAAUAGUAGAGAGCACUAUUCUAGAGAACACAUUUCCAGUACUGCUGAAAACUUAUGUAGGUAUGUGAAUCCAGUGCCUGUGCAAUGAUAGGAAUACUUGAAUGUUUUGGGUUAAAGGUGAUUUUAAGAAAAUAAAAAUAAAAACAAUGAAAAAAUGGGGGAAGCUAUACCGGGGUUAGGUACUAGGUUUGGGACAGGAGGGUUUGCCCAUCUUGGGGGCACUUUUAGCCAAGAACACAUGACCUAAAUUUUUUGUUUUCUGACUUUUCACAACUGUGUUUCUUAUUCAGAAUACGUUCAGCAUCAUGGGCUAUUUUGGCAGGCAUUUGCUUCUCCUAACUUUAUGUGUUGUUUCUGUGGAUUUGUUUUGUUUUUGCUACAUGGUAAAAGUGCAAUAAAACAAAAUGGG